UUUUUGUUGGUUAUGGCUACUGAUCACUGAUCGCUAGCAGUUUCUGCCGCCCGCUUGUUGAAUCUACUAGCAUCAAAUGGCCUGCGACAUGUCCUCCAUUAUGGUGGUCGGGCGGGUGGGCCUAUGGACGACGAGGAUGAAGAGGAUGAGGAGCUUGCUGGCUUCUUUGGGUUUAGGAGACGAGCUCGGCGAGGUAGAGGUGAUCCGGCGCCCGCAGUCCCCAGUGAAGAAGGGGCGAAGCUGAUGGCUUCCGGCGACUUUGGAAGCAAUUUCUACUUUACGGAUGAGUUAAAAAAGAGGAGAAGAACGCUUGCAACGAGGACCAUGUGGCGGGAAUUAGGUAUUGAUCUGCCGGGAGGCCCAAGGAAGGAGGUGCAGUCGAUAUCUCAAGGCCUUAUACCUGGCUCAGUUGCCGACAAGAUCAUCCACUACGACUCACGAUGCUACUCGGGGCAGUUCUCCGAUGAUGGCAACUUUUUCUUUUGCUGCUCCCAGGACUUCAGGGUUAGGAUGUACGAUACAUCAAACCCUUACGAGUGGAAGUACUACAAAACUGUCGACUAUCCUUUUGGCCAGUGGACUAUAACCGAUGCCACUUUGAGUCCUGACAACAGAUUCUUAGCAUACACCUCGAUACGGAGCCUUGUUUGUCUUGCUCCUACAGAUCCACUGGAUACCUCGGAGCCGUCUGUGUUGGACCUUACCUCGUCUACUGGGAGACAAUUUGGUAUCUGGUCAGUGCGAUUUUCAGGAGACGGUCGUGAAAUAGUAGCUGGCACGUCGGAUAACUCGGUUAUUGUGUAUGACCUCGAAACCCGGCAAUCAGUUUUACGCCUACGCAACCAUGAGGAUGACGUGAACGCUGUCUGCUUUGGCGACAAAUCUUCCCCUCAUAUUCUAUAUUCCGGCUCCGACGAUAGUACGCUCCGAGUGUGGGACAGGCGCUCGAUGGGCGACGGGCGUGAAGCUGGUGUGUUCAUCGGACACACGGAAGGAUUGACAUACGUUGACAGCAAGGGUGAUGGCCGAUACGUCCUCUCGAAUGGCAAGGAUCAGAAUAUGAAGCUCUGGGACCUGAGAAAGAUGAUGACCACUGCGAAAUUCGAUACAAUCGAAGCCCAAGAUUUUACCAGCGGCUUCGAUUACCGGUUCGAGCCAUAUCCCGAAAACUACUACCAGGCGCAUCCGCAUGAUUGCUCCGUUGUCACAUUCCGUGGCCACCGGGUCCUCAAGACUCUGAUACGGUGCCAUUUCUCGCCACCGGAUAGCACGAAUUCUAGAUACGUGUAUACCGGAAGCGAAGACGGCAAGGUCUAUGUAUACAACUUGGAUGCAACCUUUGCUGGAACCAUUGAUGUAGGCCAAGCGACAGUGGACACUCGUCCGCAGUUCCCCGAAAUGGCCAAUAGUGCGUAUGAUUUCAACAGCCACGCCGGUGAGUUGACAUGGCAAACGUGUGUCCGGGAUGCAAGUUGGCAUCCCAAUGCUCCUGUACUAGCUGCAACGUCAUGGAACGGCUGGGGCUUGUCGACUGGCACCUGCACGUUACAUUCCUGGAACAAUGGUGCCGCGGAGGACGAGGGGACCCCACCGGUCUCCAAGAAUUACGAUUGCCGGCUGAACUCCGUGCGCGAGUACGACCAGUUCAAGGAGACGGUCCAUCGCCUUCGAAGCCGACCCGUUUAUCGGAGAACACCGCUAGACGACAACUACGCAUAUGAGAUAUGGUGAUUUAUAUAAGACAGCGUGUUUCGGUUUCCUUUUCUUCGUCUGUUUCUUUUUUAUUUCUUUCCCCCCCCCCUUUUUCGGAUUAGAAUGGCCUGCUUUGAGAGCCAAAAAUGCGUGCGAGCGUAGCAUUUUGAUACACCGAAAUUCUAUCGAGACUGAAGGGACUGAAAUUUAUUCUUACUCCGGCGGGUCAACAGCAGGAUCAAAGAAUCAGAUAAACCUCUCAAGGUAUUCCUCAGAAAACGCUAUUUAUACAGAAUCAAAGCCAUCGCUACAAUCUUCCAUGCAGCAAGAUUUCCCGCUCCAUCUCGCAAUGACGGUAUGUCAUGAAGUUAAAAAUUGAGCUUAAGAAACAUAUUUUGUUUUAGCGCGGUAAGAGUAACGGGUAUCGGAUACAAGCGUGGACGGAUUCUCUCUCCUCCUUUUAC